AUGCCCCUGGAGAUCCAUCCCAUCACCGUCAUCGUCAACAACACCAACCCCAGCACCCUCCUCACCCAGAUCUGUGACAUCCUCGCCAGCCACAAGAUCCACGGCAUCGUCUUCGAAGACAACGUUGGCACGGAGGCGGUGGCCCAGAUCCUUGACUUCAUCUCCUCCCAGACCCAGGUCCCCAUCAUCAGCAUCAGCGGGGGGUCUGCUGUGGUCCUGACCCCAAAGGAGCCCAGCUCAGCUUUCCUGCAGUUGGGUGUCUCCAUCGAGCAGCAAAUCCAGGUGAUCUUCAAGGUGUUGGAGGAAUACGACUGGGGCUCCUUCACCAUCAUCACCAGCCUCUACCCAGGCUACAACAUCUUCCUGGAGGUCAUCCGCUCCUUCACGGACGCCAGCUACUUUGGCUGGGAGCUGCAGGAGGUGCUCACCUUCGAGAUGAGCCAGGAGAGGAGCAACUCCCGGACGCAGCGGAUCCUGCGGCAGAUCGACGCCCAGGUCCUCAUCGUCUACUGCUCGCGGGAGGAGGCCGAGUACCUCUUUGCCAUGGCAGAAGAAGCCGGCCUCGUGGGGCCAGGCUACGUCUGGAUCGUGCCCAGCCUGACGGUGGGCAACAUGGAAGUGCCACCUGCCUCCUUCCCUGUUGGCCUCAUCAGCGUGGUGACCGAGAGCUGGAAGCUGAGCCUGAGGCAGAAGGUGCGGGAUGGGGUGGCCAUCGUGGCCAUGGGGGCAUCCAGCUUCUUCCGGGCCCAUGGAUACCUCCCGGAGGUGGGACGGGACUGCUGGGCUCCUGCUGGACCUGCCACCAGCACCAGCUUCUACCGGCACCUUCUCAAUGUGACGUGGGAGCACAGAGACUUCUCCUUCAAUGAAGGUGGCUUCCUGGUCAGACCCACCAUGGUGGUGAUCUCGCUCAACCCACACCGGCUCUGGGAGAUGGUGGGCAAGUGGGAGAAAGGCAUCAUCCACAUGAAGUACCCGGUGUGGCCCCGCUACGGCUCCUCCAUGCAGCCCGUGGUUGACAACCGGCACCUGACGGUGGCCACGCUGGAGGAGAGACCCUUUGUCAUCGUGGAGAACACGGACCCCAGCACCGGGGUCUGCGUGCGCAACACGGUGCCCUGCCGCAAGCAGACCAACUCCUCCCAGGGGUGAGCAGCCGGCCUGUGCUGCAAGGGCUUCUGCAUCGACAUCCUGAAGAAGCUGGCCAAGGCGGUGAAGUUCUCCUAUGACCUCUACCUGGUGACCAACGGCAAACACGGCAAGAUCGUCCGUGGGGUGUGGAACGGCAUGAUUGGUGAGGUGUACUACAAGCGGGCAGACAUGGCCAUUGGCUCCCUCACCAUCAACGAGGAGCGCUCCGAGAUCGUGGACUUCUCUGUGCCCUUCGUGGAGACGGGCAUCAGUGUCAUGGUGGCCAGGAGCAACGGCACCGUGUCCCCCUCUGCCUUCCUGGAGCCCUACAGCCCUGCCGUGUGGGUCAUGAUGUUCGUGAUGUGCCUCACCGUGGUGGCCAUCACUGUCUUCGUGUUCGAGUAUUUCAGCCCCGUUGGGUACAACCAGAACCUCACCAGCGGCAAGAGGCCGGGAGGUCCCACCUUCACCAUUGGCAAGUCGGUGUGGCUGCUGUGGGCUCUGGUCUUCAAUAACUCGGUGCCCAUUGAGAACCCCAAGGGCACCACCAGCAAAAUCAUGGUGCUCAUCUGGGCCUUCUUUGCCGUCAUCUUCCUCGCCAGCUACACGGCCAACCUGGCUGCCUUCAUGAUCCAGGAGCAGUACAUCGACACCGUGUCGGGGCUGAGCGACAGGAAGUUCCAGAAGCCACUGGAGCAGUACCCACCCUUCCGCUUCGGCACCGUCCCCAACGGCAGCACCGAGAGGAACAUCCGCAGCAACUACCCCGACAUGCACACCCACAUGGUGAAGUACAACCAGCGCUCCGUGGAGGAUGCCCUCACCAGCCUCAAAAUGGGGAAGCUGGAUGCCUUCAUCUACGACGCGGCCGUGCUCAACUACAUGGCAGGCAAGGACGAGGGCUGCAAGCUGGUGACCAUCGGCAGCGGGAAGGUGUUCGCCACCACGGGCUACGGCAUCGCCCUGCAGAAGGACUCGCGCUGGAAAAGGGCCAUCGACCUGGCCCUGCUCCAGUUCCUGGGGGAUGGUGAGACCCAGAAGCUGGAGACAGUUUGGCUGUCAGGGAUCUGCCAGAACGAGAAGAAUGAGGUGAUGAGCAGCAAGCUGGACAUCGACAACAUGGCUGGGGUUUUCUACAUGCUGCUGGUGGCCAUGGGGCUGAGCCUGCUGGUCUUUGCCUGGGAGCACCUCGUCUACUGGAAGCUGCGUCACUCUGUCCCCAAGUCCCACAAGCUUGACUUCCUCCUGGCCAUCAGCAGGGCCGGGGGAGGCGGAAGGGAGGCGGCCCGGCUGCGGCCGGGGGGCACGGAGAGGAGGAACGGGCUGGUGGCCCGCGGGGGGAGCAGCCCCUGUGCCCGCGGGGCCUGGCGGAGGGUCCCCAGCCUGGAGUCAGAGGUGUGA